GCCACCACUCUACGUUGGUUGAUCAGAAGCGACGAAACGCACCGAAACUGGCAUCUGCGCCGGAGGAGACGCAAAGGAACCGCGCAUCCCGCGUCCCCGUCUGCCUCGUCCACUCUGCCCACUCGCAGGACAGGAUGAACGGACUUUGGAGGACUGGACACUUUGGACAACGCGGACAGCAGCGCGCGGCGGAGGACGGGAUUUAGUGGAGAGAAGUUGGCUUUUCUCGGUGGCUGUGCCCGAGUCGAAGACACUCGCCUUCAAGUCGUGAGGGGGGGAUUUGUGACUCUUUUUUUUCCGCUGUCGCCAAACUGCUCUCCAAGCGCUGGAACUUGAGGAUUUAAAAGUAGUUUUGUGGGUUUUUUGUGAAGUUUACCGGAGAUUAGAGGUUGUUUCAACCAAGGAAAGCUUGGUGCCAUCUAAAAUCUGAAGGCUGAUCUUUUCUGUCAAAACGGGAUACUGUGGGUCCGUGGUGGGGAGCUGUCGGACAGAUUCUUGCGGCAUCUGCGGCCGCCCUUCUGCUGGACAGUAUGCGAACGGAGGAUGUUGUCUAAGUUGGAGUCGGGCCUCGCUGCUCUGCGUCUGACCUCUUCGUCCAGAGGAAUGACUGCUCUGUGGUGCUCACUCUGGCUUUCUCUCCUCCUUCCUCUCUGCGCCGUUCCAGCCAGGCUGCCCACUGCUCAGCCCACAGACCCUGUGUCCAGCGAGACGGCCUUCCUGGAGGACUAUGUUCUGGGCAUCGGGGACACUCUGGAAAUGUCAUGUGAUCCGGAAGAGCAGGAAGACCACUCGGAGCCUAUUGUGUGGUUCAAAGACGGCGCUGAACUUGUGCCUUGCAACCGGAUACGGUUGGGCCAGAGGAUGCUCCGCAUUAUCAAUGUGUCGUAUGACGACUCCGGGGUCUACUCGUGCCGGCUCGCCCGGAGCAACGCGCUGCUCAGCAACUACACCAUCAGGGUGACAGAUUCUCUGUCGUCUGGUGAUGAUGAAGAUUACGAUGAAGACCCAGAAGGUGCAGGUAAUGAAAAUGAAGCGCCAUAUUGGACCAGGCCAGAACGAAUGGACAAGAAAUUAUUGGCUGUUCCUGCGGCCAACACCGUCAAAUUCCGCUGCGCUGCGUCUGGAAACCCACCGCCAACCAUACACUGGCUGAAGAAUGGCAAAGAGUUCAAGGGAGAGCAGAGGAUGGGAGGCAUCAAGCUGAGACACCAGCAGUGGAGUCUGGUGAUGGAGAGCGCCGUGCCGUCAGACCGGGGAAACUACACUUGCGUGGUGCAAAACAAAUACGGCUCCAUCAGCCACACCUACCAGCUCGACGUGCUCGAGCGUUCACCUCACAGGCCCAUCCUUCAGGCUGGUCUGCCGGCCAAUCAGACGGUGGUGGUGGGCAGCAAUGUGGAGUUUCAUUGUAAGGUUUACAGCGACGCCCAGCCGCACAUCCAGUGGCUCAAACACAUUGAGGUGAACGGCAGCCGCUUUGGCCACGACGGUGUUCCCUACGUCAGCGUGCUAAAGAGUGUUGUCAGUAAACACAUUGAGACCCACAGUAAGUUGAAACUGUCCAACGUGACAGAGAAAGACGCCGGGAAGUACUGGUGUCGUGCCUCAAACUUUGUAGGCAAGUCAGAAAACGCUUUCUGGCUUAACAUAUACAAACCAGCAGUGAGUCCACAGAAGGAAGACUACUACGCCGACAUCCUUAUCUACGUGACAGGCUGCGUGCUCUUCAUCCUCGCCGUGGUCAUCGCGAUCCUCUGUCGUAUGAGGAUGACCACGCAGAAGACUCUGCCCACGCCUCCCGUGCAAAAACUGUCAAAGUUCCCCCUCAAGAGACAGGUAACAGUGUCCUUGGAUUCCAACUCCUCCAUGAACUCAAACACGCCGCUGGUCAGGAUCGCCCGUCUGUCGUCCAGCGACGGGCCGACGCUCGCCAACGUCUCGGAGCUGGAGCUGCCCUCCGACCCCAAAUGGGAGUUUCCUCGGACACGGCUAACUCUGGGUAAACCUCUGGGAGAGGGCUGCUUCGGUCAGGUGGUUAUGGCUGAGGCUGUUGGCAUCGACAAAGAGAAGCCCAACAAGUCGCUCACUGUUGCUGUGAAAAUGUUGAAAGAUGACGCCACAGAUAAAGAUUUAUCAGACCUGGUGUCAGAAAUGGAGAUGAUGAAGAUGAUUGGGAAACACAAAAACAUCAUCAACCUACUCGGAGCCUGCACGCAAGAUGGUCCUCUGUAUGUCCUGGUGGAAUACGCCUCCAAAGGCAACCUGAGGGAGUACCUGCGUGCACGGCGGCCACCGGGCAUGGACUACUCCUUCGACACGUGCAAAAUCCCCGAUGAGCAGCUCACGUUCAAAGACCUGGUGUCCUGUGCCUACCAGGUUGCCCGAGGCAUGGAGUAUCUUGCUUCACAGAAGUGCAUCCACAGAGACCUGGCAGCCAGAAACGUCCUUGUGACGGAGGACAACGUUAUGAAGAUCGCCGACUUCGGCCUCGCCAGAGACGUGCACAAUAUAGACUACUACAAAAAGACCACAAAUGGUCGUCUCCCCGUGAAAUGGAUGGCUCCAGAGGCUCUCUUCGACCGGGUCUACACGCACCAGAGCGAUGUGUGGUCUUAUGGGGUACUGCUGUGGGAGAUCUUCACCUUGGGAGGCUCGCCGUACCCAGGGAUCCCAGUGGAAGAACUCUUUAAACUGCUGAAGGAAGGACAUCGAAUGGACAAGCCUGCCAACUGCACCCAUGAACUGUACAUGAUCAUGAGGGAGUGUUGGCACGCUGUGCCGUCGCAGAGGCCGACCUUCAGACAGCUGGUAGAAGAUCACGACCGGAUUUUAUCAAUGACCUCCACAGACGAGUACCUGGACCUGUCGGUGCCCUUCGAGCAGUACUCGCCCACCUGUCAGGACUCCAACAGCACCUGCUCCUCAGGGGACGACUCCGUGUUCGCCCACGACCCGCUGCCUGACGAGCCCUGUCUUCCCAAACAGCUUCCCAGUAACGGGGUGAUUAGGACAUAAAACCUGUGCCGGAGGAGGUCGGACAUUAACCUCUUCUCACAGUUUGUGACAGAAAUAUCACCUCUCACUGACUCAAGCACCUCAAGAUACAGAGAGGGACAAAAAAGAAAAAAAAGAAAACUCGGCAUGCAAUACUUCCACAGUGCUUCAGCUCUUUUUGAUUUGUCUUAAACUCUCGGACAAAGCUCUGUUUCGUGUUUUCUUUUCCUCCUCAUCCCCAAGAACUCUCUUUAAACAUUGAAGGAUUUUUUUUUCUUGCCGUUGAACCAUGUUUGUGUUCUUCUUUUCAGAAAUGAAAUUAUAUUUUUGUACUCGGGCCAGUCUUUUGUUACGGACAAUCUGUGGGGUGAAACCAUUCCGUGCCUACUGGGAUUAAACCUCCUGAGACUGAAUAAGAAAGGAUUUAGGAGGAGGAAAUGAAAGGCAUUGAUGAGUGACUUGUUGGUGAUCCAGUGGGUGGGGUCCUCCGUUUUCGGUUUGUUUUUUGACUACACGGAGCCCUUUUAUCGCAAUAAAGCGAUCUGAAAGAAAAUCGAUGAACGAGAUACCAGCAAAGCCAGCAUGAGCUCGAUGACGGGAUUUGUUCUUCCGCAGAAUUACUAGAAGACGUUCAGCAACAGAGAGUAUCACGUGAGCAGUUCCUCGUGAAUGUGUACGCCAUCAUCCGCAUUUUAGCUUCCUGGGAAAAAGAAAAAGUGAUAAUCAUGGAACAAAUUUUCCUCAUCAAAGAUGAGGCAAAGCUUCAGGGCCAUUCAGUAAUAAGAACAGCGAGGUUAUGAGGGUUUUUUAAAAAUGUAUCUACAAAGUGAUUUAUUGUAAAUAUAUAAAUGCAAAUAUGUAUCAUAAUGCUGUCCACAGCUGUGUACUUAAAAGACAAAAAAUGACAUUUUUUUAAGAUAUUGUUUUAGGAUUGGAAACUUUGCAAUCUAGGAGACACUGUCAUGAACGUGUAAAACACUUAAUCAGAAAAGGUUUAUUUGAGUAAUUAACGUGUAUAUUUGUAAAGAUAUUUAUAGACUUAACAUGUGGUUCUUAAGUUCGAAAGGUCUAGUUUAGGAUUUUUAGUACUGUACGCAAAGAUUUCUAUUUCAAUGGGUUUUUUUUCCUUUUGUUUUUGUAACUUAUUUUACAACCGAACUGCGAUGUUAUUUUCACAACUGGCAGACUCCUCUGGUUUCUGAUCCAUCUUUUUAUUGGUUUGUUUACAGUUUAGAAUGUAUGACACGAAGAUGAUUUUUUUGUUUUGUUUUGAGAACGAGAGAGUGUGAUUUGACUGCCGGAGGGGGAUUCACGAAGGCUGAAGGCUCCUGCUGAGGAGAGCCGGAUGUUUCCAAUGAGUUCUGAGUUCUGGUUUAGAAAAGUUAACGUUUGCCGUAUCAAAGCGACGAUUAACUCUUGCUGGGCAAGAAAAAGCAGGCGAUGCGUACCGGGGAGACCUUCUAGUACUUAAACACAUAUUGAAUAUCAACAACGAUGACUAGCUGUGAAUCAUAAGAAGCCUUCAGGCCCUUUGUAAGGGAAAAAAAAUCCUCCUGUUUGAACUGUUUUACUGUUCGGGCCAUGAAAAGAUUAAUGUGUUUGCUUCUAUUAUUUCAAUUCAAUUUAAUUUUAUUUAUGUAACCACCAAAUCACAACAGUCUUCUCGAGGUGCUUUAUAUUGUAAGGUGAAGACACUACAAUAAUACAGAGAAAACCCCAACAAUCAGACAACCGCUUAUGAGCAAGCACUUGGCAACAGUGGGAAGGAAAAACUCCCUUUUAACAGGAAGACGUCUGCUAGAUCCAGGCUGAGGGAGGGGCAGCCAUCUGGAUCAGUUGUUCUUCCAAGUUUUGGCAUUAUAGUGUCAUUUUCUACGUCUGACCACAAAGGCUGGUGUCAGAGUAACAUCUGACCUGCAAACAUGAAGGUGUUGGCCUGUAUUGACAGUUUUGCUUUUCUUUAUAUGUAGGGUUAGGGUUAAGAUUAGCAGCUACAAUGAGGCUUAGAAAUUGGCUUCUUCAUGUGUAAUUGUUAAAUGUCACUUGUUUCGUAGUCUUAAAUGACCAAAAAGAGGAAUUCAAGUUGCAUCACUGUAGCUGGUGUUGUUUGAAAAGAUUUAACGUGGUUAUAGGGGGAUUUUUUUUUAAACAUGCUUCUGAAGGCUUCAAUUGCUUAACUCUUAAAGGUCACAGGGUCAGCGCUAACAAGCUGCGCUCAGUCUCAAAACUCUGAGCGCCUGUGUACACUUUCACGGAUGAAAAGAUCAGCUUGAAGGCAGAAUUGUAAAGCUGUUAUGUCCUUUUGUGCUUGAGUGUGAGGAAAAAAAACACUCUGCCCAAACGCUUGAGAUUUUAUCGCUGCUCUGUAGUAUUAAUACUGAAAUGAAGGCAUGCUGUGCGACUUACAGAUCACACGGCAACAAAAGAAACUAUAUAUACAGUAUAUAUAUAUAUAUAUAAAUAUAUAAAUAUUGGUUUGUUGAAUGAGACUGUAGUCUGUGGUGGGUCCUUCUUCAAUUUCCAUUUGUUGAGAAAAGUGCCAAAUUAGUCUUAAAAGUCUAUUUUAUCAAAUUCUUCAGAUCUCUGAACCAAAUACUGCACUGGUGAAUGUAGGCGGGCAGAGGUUUACACGUGCAGGGAAGGAUCAUGGGAUUUCCAAGAUGGAUGGAUCCAUCUUUUGAUUUUGUUUUGUUUUUUCUUUCUUUUUUUUAAUGCAGUCAUCUGUCUAGCUGACUCCUCCCUCCCCCAAAAAAGCAAAAGCAUUGAAAUGUUUACAGAAUCUGUUUUCAGAAAAGUCACAAAAGGGAAAGCGACGUUCAAGUGGCAUUGAAGGGUUCACAAACACAUUUUACUCGCUGCUAAAUGGAAAAGGUGCAGACACGCCGCUCUGCAAAGGCCUCGCUUCAGUGUGUGAGCAGACUUUAAACAUGUGGUCAUCCCUCACCCCAGUAUCUGAAGUACUUUAAAGUGUGAAAAUUCAUAUUUUAAUUGAUUGCUUCACUGGUAGAGCACCGAAACAAGGCCUUUGCAUAGUGAGCGGCCACACAAAGUCGUAGUUAUUUCUUUUUUCAGAACAGUUUUUGGCCCAAAUCUGUAAAGUGCCUGGUAAUAAUUUAGGACAUUGGUUCAUUUUGAUCACAUUUUGAAUGUAUAAUUACCAAAAUAAAGUUCUCACUAGAAGCGGGCAACUAUUA